GAAAUGACCGAAGAAAAAAAUACGUUCAUGCGAUUUUAAAGCUACAAUAGAAGCGUUUAUUUGAAGAGCAAUAAAGUGGCAAUUAUUUUUUCUGAAAUAUUUGACACGUUUAAUCCACAGUUAGCUAAAGAUCAGUGGCGGAGCUCUGGCCACUGGUGAUGCUGUGUAGCAGCCGUAGAAACGUCGUCUGAUUCGCUAUCUUGUCACGGCUGGGAGCUGAAUGUCUGACCGGGUGAGACUGGCAGGCAGGCGGAGUAUUAGUUUUUAACACACCCUGUUUUCACCCCGGAUGUUAAAACCGGCUGUGCAGUGCAGAGAUGUAGGGAUGCGCCGCUCGCCGGGAACCAGCGCGCAGCGGAGCUGAAAUGCGAACGUAGCCGUAAAGUGAGCGGGCCAGGCCGCGGAGAGCUGGCUGGUUGUCCCUUCUUCUCCACCGGGACAGGAACAUGAACGUUGAGCGCAGAUCUCUACAUCGACUUUGUUAAAGACGUUGGAGAAGAUGCGCAAGGACGUGAGGAUAUUGCUAGUGGGAGAGCCCAAGGUGGGGAAGACAUCCCUCAUCAUGUCCCUGGUCAGCGAAGAAUUUCCAGAUGUGGUUCCCUAUCGAGUCGAGGAGAUCACUAUACCAGCAGACGUGACACCAGAAAGAGUUCCCACACACAUUGUAGACUAUUCAGAGGCAGAGCAGACAGACGAGCAGUUGUUUCAGGAGAUCUCGAAGGCAAAUGUGAUUUGCAUCGUCUACGCUGUCAACAACAAGAAGUCCAUCGAGAAGGUGACGAACCACUGGAUCCCUCUCAUCACCGAGAACACAGACAAAGACAGCAGGGUUCCUCUGAUCCUGGUGGGGAACAAGUCAGACCUAGUGGAACACAGCAGCAUGGAGACCAUUCUGCCCAUUAUGAACCAGUACAGUGAGGUAGAGACAUGUGUUGAGUGUUCAGCAAAGAAUCUGAAGAACAUCUCUGAGCUCUUCUACUACGCCCAAAAGGCAGUCCUCCACCCCACAGGUCCCCUCUAUUGUCCUGAGAAAAAAGACAUGAAGCCUCUUUGUGUAAAAGCGCUGACCCGAAUCUUUAAAGUGUCCGACCUGGACAACGAUGGAAUCCUCAAUGAUAAUGAGCUCAACUUCUUCCAGCGAGCGUGUUUCAACAGCCCCUUGGAGCCUCAGGCAUUGGAGGAUGUGAAAAACGUGGUCAGGAAGAAUUUGAUUGAUGGAGUGCACUAUAAUGGGCUCACCCUUAAAGGCUUCCUGUUUCUGCACACGCUCUUCAUUCAGCGCGGUCGCCAUGAAACAACCUGGACAGUUCUGAGGAGGUUCGGAUACGAUGAUGACUUGGAGUUAAAUCAGGAUUAUCUCUUCCCUCCGCUUAAACUUCCUCCUGACUGCACCACGGAGCUCAAUCACAAUGCCUACCUCUUCCUGCAGAGCGUCUUUGACAAACACGACAAGGACCGUGACUGUGCCAUGUCGCCUGAUGAGCUGAGGGACUUGUUUGACGUUUUUCCUUACAUGCCCUGGGGUCCAGAUGUCAACAACACUGUUUGCAGCAAUGAGCAAGGCUGGAUCACCUACCAGGGCUUCCUCUCACAGUGGACGUUAACAACUUAUCUGGAUGUCCAGCGAUGUCUGGAGUAUUUAGGCUACCUUGGUUACUCAAUAAUUGCUGAGCAGGAGUCCCAAGCAGCAGGAAUUACAGUGACCAGAGCGAAGAAGAUUGACCUGCAGAAGAAACAGACUCAGCGCAACGUCUUCCGCUGUAACGUGUUUGGAGACAUGGGCAGCGGGAAGAGCGGCUUCCUCCAGGCCUUCCUGGGUAGAAACCUGGUGCGGCAGAAGAUGAUUAAAGAGGAGCAUAGAUCAUACUACGCCAUCAGCACAACAUACGUUUACGGUCAGGAAAAAUACCUUCUGCUUCAUGAGGUAUUCCCCGACUUUGACUACCUGACUGAUGCUGAUAUGGCCUGCGACAUUGUCUGCCUGGUGUAUGACGUCAGCAAUCCCUACUCAUUUGAAUACUGUGCCAAAGUAUUUAAGCAAUACUUCAUGGACAGCAAGACACCGUGCAUGAUGAUCGCAGCCAAGUCAGACCUGCCAGAGGUUAAACAGAUGUACGGCUGCAGUCCUCUGGAGUUCUGCAGGAAGCACAAGAUGCCACCUCCACAGUCUUUCACCUGUAACACAGCAGCUGAACCAAACAGAGAAAUCUACACCAAACUUACUACUAUGGCCAUGUACCCCCACGCCCGGCUGCGCUGCAUGUGCACCUGUAACCGGUGCACGUUCUGCUUGUGUCAGAACCUCCUGAACUCUGAGCUGCUGCAGACCGUCAGGGCCAAACUCUACGCUGUCGUGCUCAGAAGACAUAUAAUCCAAGAAAACCUGACAAGCUCCACCUUCUGGCUGAGGGCAAGUGUCGGGGCCACAGUGUUUGCAGUACUGGGCUUCGCCAUGUACAGAGUGCUGCUGAAGACACGGUGAUCAUCCAGCCAACUUAUCCAACCCUUGUUACCAUGGUACUUAAUGGAGCUAAUUUUGACCGAUCAAAACACUGGACAAAAUUUGAUGCAUUUAGAAUAUAAUGAUGUUUGGAAGAGUCUCAUUGAAAUCUAUAGAUUUACUGUUACAUGUCCCAUUCAAAAUAUGUGCUCAUAUACAGGCCCUCUACUCUUUCCUGAUUCUUCCCACUGUGUUUCACUUUUUGUGGAUAAAAUAUUUAUUUUGUAACAGUUUGUUAAUUUGCUUACUAAUCUUGAAAAGAAGAUAAUAUAUUUAUAUUUCUAUAAAGAUCUAGAUAAGCUGAUGCUAAGACAUGAGGUACAUAAAGAUUUUUUUGGUUGCUUGCUGAUUGGUGCGAUGGGGUUAAUUAUAUCAUAAUAGUUUUUGGGAUGUUUGACGUCUGUAAAUACUGUAUAUGACACAAAAUGGCUUCCAGAUGUGUUAUUUUCUGCUCAUGCAUGUGGACAAACCAUAACUAUGGUUGUCUACACAGAUGGAAAAAUGGCCAAAUCUUCACACAUUUCUGUCUCCUUUGCACAACUUAAUUGAUCAUCAGUGGGUAUGAGUGUGUGAAAGAAAAACUUUGCUACUCUUUCAUGUUUUUCUCCAUAGGUCAGUUUACUUCUAAUGUAUGCAUGUGUUUCUGUACCAAGAAACGGAGCACACUUUGUGUAAGCAUGCCAGGUUUUAUUUUUGACCUGCAAAAAACAGCAAUGCCAGAUUAUUUCAAUUGUUUGUUUUUUGAAACAAGAAUGCUACUGUAACCUUGCUCAUUUGUGCGCUGAACGAUGGAGAGAUGGUGCUGACUUCUUUGAGAGUCAGCUCCCCUUGUCAAUAAAGAUGCAAUAAUGUGGCCACAAACUGCUCGUUUUCAUAAAGGGACACCAUAUCACCACAGUAUUUAUGUAUUCCUUCUGCCCGAUAUUUACGAACGUUUACAAUAAAUUAAUGCCUAUUACA